GAAGAAAUUCAUGAUUUGUUAGAACAUUUGGAAGAGUUUGGAGGAAAGCCAAUUGUUCUUAAGCCUCAUUUAGCUCCUAGCAUGUCUAAUAACAUAGCCACGCUUGUUUUCGGAGAAAGGCUAAAUUAUGAUCAUCCAGUGCGUCGAAUGCUGGAUAAGGGUUUAAGUGAAUCAGCUGCAGCUGCUGGACAAGUUGCAUGGGAACUAUUCUUUCCAUUCCUAGCCAGCGUUGUAAAAUUGUUCGGCUUCAGUGGAGCAGCUAAAAUUGCUAAAACUCAAAAAGAAACAAGAGAUUAUAUCAUGAAACAAAUUGAUCAACACGAGAAAACUUUGGAUGAAAACAAUAUAAGAGAUUACAUUGAUGGCUAUUUAUUAGAAAUACGAAAAAGAAAUGACAAAGCUUUUUGCAGUAAGUGAGAUUUUCUUUAUUAC